ACACAAUUUAAUUCUGACUACUUCCUUACAACUGAUACUAUUAAGCAUCACUGAUCGCUUACGCCUGGCUAUUUUAAGGCGUUAUAUUUUAUGGAUGUUCCGUUAUGAUGUCCAAGCAAAAAAGGAAGUUGAGUAGUUUCCCUGGGCUUCUGUGCAUGUCCUGAUAUAUAAAAAAAAGGCGACCUGCAUAUGCACCAUUGGCUGCAAUCCUAAAAUCAGAGUAGCUAAGACGCAUUCUUACUUUUUUUGCCUGUUGUGGAAAACGGCAAAGGGAAAAAUGAGGAGCCUCUAUGACUUUUCCAAUUGCACCUAAGAGAGAGACACAGAGAGUGGACCAUCUUACCCUGCCUCUACUGCAGGAAACGAUUUUUCUUUCCUUCUUGUGAGCUCCAUGAACGAAUUUGGAUCUUGCAUCUUAAAGGACAGCGGGAACUCUGGAUAAACUGAAAAAAAAAAAAAAAAAAAGGAGAGUGGUCUUCAUUCACUUAACCACUCACCAGGAAAGAAUAUAUAUAUAUUGAAAAACACGAUAGAAAAUGAGGAAGUUUCGUAAAGUGUUGGACGGCUUGACUACCUCCUCCCCGGCAUCGACUCUUGGGUCCCCAUCGUGCGGCAGCGGGGCCGGGACUCCCACAGCGGCGCCAACUCCUAAAGAAAUCGAUGUCCAAGAGACUCUGCAGUCGGAAAACUUUCAGCUUUGUAAGACUGUGCGUCAUGGAUUCCCCAACCAACCCACAGCUUUGGCCUUUGACCCUGUGCAGAAGCUACUUGCCAUUGGCUCCAGAUCAGGAGGUGUAAGGAUACUGGGACGACCUGGGGUGGAUUGCUACUGUCAACAUGACAGUGGAGCAGCUGUUCUUCAGCUACAGUUCCUCAUCAAUGAGGGGGCACUGGUCACGGCCUGCGCAGAUGACACACUCCAUUUGUGGAAUCUCCGUCAGAGACGGCCAGCUAUUCUUCAUUCGCUCAAAUUCAACAGAGAGAGGAUCACGUUUUGCCACCUUCCCUUUCAGAGUAAAUGGCUGUACGUUGGAACAGAGCGUGGAAACACACACAUCGUCAACAUAGAGUCCUUCAUUUUGUCUGGAUAUGUCAUCAUGUGGAACAAGGCCAUAGAACUAGCAACUAAAACUCAUCCAGGACCUGUGGUUCACUUGAGUGACAGCCCAAAGGAUGAAGGCAAGCUACUUAUAGGGUUUGAGAGUGGGACAAUCGUACAAUGGGACCUCCGGGGCAAAAAGGCCGACUUCAGAAUCUACUAUGAUGAGGCCAUCCAUUCAGCCAGCUGGCAUCAUGAAGGGAAGCAGUUCAUGUGCAGUCACUCAGAUGGCAGCCUGACGUUGUGGAACCUCAGAAACACCACCAAGCCAUUCCAGGUCACUUUCCCUCAUGGAAAAAUACAAAAGGAUGGGAGGAAGGAAUCAUGUAAACCCAUACUCAAAGUGGAGUAUAAGACCACAAGGAACAGCGAGCCCUUUGUUAUCUUCUCUGGGGGUCUCUCAUAUGACAAGGCAGGACGGCGGCCAACAUUGACUAUCAUGCACGGCAAGGCUAUCACUGUCCUGGAGAUGGACUAUCCCAUUGUAGAGUUCAUGGCACUCUGUGAGACUCCUUACAUCAACGAGGUCCAGGAGCCUUACGCAGUGGUGGUGCUUUUGGAGAAAGACUUAAUCGUGGUGGAUCUGACACAGAACAGCUUUCCUAUCUUUGAGAACCCUUACCCCAUGGACAUCCAUGAGUCUCCAGUUACCUGCACAGCCUAUUUUGCAGAUUGCCCACCAGAUAUUAUCCCCAUUCUCUACUCUAUAGGAGCUAAACACAAGAAAACAGGUUACAGCCAUAAGGAGUGGCCAAUCAGCGGCGGAACAUGGACGUUAGGCUCCCACACGUACCCAGAGAUCAUUAUCACAGGCCAUGCUGAUGGUACAAUAAAGUUUUGGGAUGCAUCGGCAAUCACACUACAGAUGUUGUAUAAGAUGAAGACCUCCAAAGUGUUUGAAAAGCCAAAGCCAGGGGAGGGCCGGGCCGCAGAGUUGGUAGAGGAGGACCCCUUUGCUGUUCAGAUGGUCAGCUGGUGCCCCCAAAGUCGUAUGUUCUGCGUGGUCGGCAUCUCAGCCCACAUCAUCCUGUAUCAUUUCAGCAAAUAUGAGGCCAACACUCAGAUAGAAUCACUGGAGGUCCGUCUACAAUGUGAGUCUGAGGAUGUCAUCUCUCCAUCGGAGAACGAGAACGAUCCAUGCUUCUCAGAGUCCGGCUCACAUUCACCCCAAGCCCACCAUCAGCAGUCAGUGAGCCCCGUCAGUGGGACAACCGAGGGUAACAAACACAGCAUCCCCUGCCUUAAGGUGAAAGACAGGAUGGUUCGGGUCCCUCCUGGUUACCAGGCAGAGCUGGUCAUCCAGCUGCAGGGGAUAGAUGGAGAACCUCCUCAGCAGAUCACCAGCCUGGACAUCAACUCAGCCUAUGGCCUUUUGGCGUUUGGGAACUGUAAUGGCCUAGCGGUGGUGGACUACUUGCAGAAAACUGUCCUGUUGUGUAUGUCGACACUGGAUCUGUACGGAGCCGCCGACCCCUACCAGCGUCUCACCCGCUCCCCACGCAGGCACAGACAGUCCACCUCAGAGUUUUGCAUGCGCGGCCUGUCUAACUUUUAUUCAGAUUCAAAGAAAAGGAUCCGUACAUCCUAUCAGAGCCUUACUGAACUCUCUGACAACCAGCAAUCCUUUGACAUGGAGAGAAGCAAGUCACCCACCUCAGUUCAUUACCCAACCUCCCUUCACAAUGACCCACGCAUCCUGCCAGAGCCUGUGGCCAGUCUGAGAGCCAGCCACUGCAGUCCAGUCUUUUACUUACUGGACAAUGUAAAGGGACCUGGCAGAAAGUUAAGUCUGCCGACAGAUCUUAAGACUGAUCUUGAUCAUGUCAAUGGACAUUGCACUAGCCCCACAUCCCAGCCCUGCUCGGCGGGGAAGCCUCGAGCCCAGAUGGGUGCCGAGGGGCCACGGCUUACACGCAGAGGCCCCGGUCGACCACCCUUCCGCAAGGCCCAGUCCGCUGCUUGCAUGGAGAUCUCUUUGCCUGUGUCCCACACUGAAGGUUAUGCAUCGAGGAGGGCAAUGCUUCAGCAGUUACAUGGAGUCACUAUGUACUCCCAUGACGAGCACCACACCGGCGCCCCCUACUGCUGGAGUGAGAAAGCAGCAGAGAGCCGCGAAAACUCCUUCAGCCGUUCGCGCAGUUCCAGCGUGUCCAGCAUCGACAGGGACACCAAAGAAGCUGUCACCACACUGCAGUUCGGGGAAUCCUACGGCCGUAAGAGUGACGCCCUUACCACCCCGUGUCUGUGGGUGGGCACCAGUCUCGGCAUUGCCCUGGUCAUCCCAAUGUCUAUUCCCACCGACCAGGAGGAGAGGAUGGAGGAGCCUGUGACCUUUGGCCCCAGCGGAGCAGUCCUGAUGCUGAAGGGCUCAGUGUUACACUUGAGCUUCUUAGACUGCUCGGGCACCCUCAUUCAGAGCCCCUAUGAGGUUUGGCGGGACAUCAAUGCAGCUGAGGACCCUGACCGACCGCGCAAACGCAAGCUGGUCCACUUUUCCCCUUCAUCCUCCCAGGAAACCUACGCAGACGGACACCUGGCAGUGGUUUGCUCUGAGAAGCAGGCCAAAGUAUUCUUGAUGCCCUCGCAGUCUUGCCUCUUUGUCCACAACAUCACGGAGUCAUCCUUUGUACUGCGAGCAGAUGUCGUAUCUGUGUGUAACAGCGUGUGCCUGGCCUGCUUCUGUGCUAACGGUCAUGUCAUGACCCUCAGUUUGCCCAGUCUCAGACCGUUGAUGGAUGUAAAUUACCUGCCACUAACAGACAUGCGCAUUGCACGAACCUUUUGCUUCACUAACGGGGGGCAGGCACUAUAUCUAAGCUCCCCAACAGAGAUCCAGAGAAUAACAUACAGCCAGGAGAUGUGUGACAAUCUGCAGGAUAUGCUGGGAGAGCUAUUUAUACCGAUAGAAACACCAGAAGUCCAGAACAGAGGCUUUCUGAAGGGAUUCUUUGGAGGGAAUGCUACCACCUUCGACAGAGAGGAGCUCUUUGGCGAGGCAUCAGCUGGAAAAGCCUCUCGCAGUCUGGCCCAACACAUCCCUGGUCAGGCAGGGAUGGAGGGCAUGAAAGUGGCAGCUGGUGGAGUGGUGGGAGAGCUGGCUCGGGCGCGAAUUGCUCUGGAUGAGAGAGGCCAAAGGCUCGGAGAGCUGGAGGAACGAACUGCCCUAAUGAUGACCAGUGCUGAAUCCUUCUCAAAGCAUGCUCAUGAGCUGAUGCUCAAGUGCAAGGACAAGAAGUGGUACCAGUUCUAAUGGCCAGACAGAAGGAUGAGGCAUCCCUUGGUCUGCUUGGGAAAUGUAUGCCACGACUUUCACUCUACAAAUGAGAGCACUUAAAAGAGAGACUCGAGAGUGACUUAGUCUUCACGGCUCCUGGACUGGCUCUGUAUUGGUACGGUCACCUUGCCAUUGGACGUGGUCGCGCUAAUUCCUUGUCCUGACAUGUUGUGAUAAGUAGAGAAACAGAAUGGCGGUCAUAAUAGGGCGGAUGGUAGAGGCGGAAAUAUCUGAUGGGUCUGUUGGUUGUGUGUGUGGAUGUGUGUGUGGAUGUGUGUGUGUGUGUGUGUGUGUGUGUGUGUGUGUGUGUGUGUGUGUGUGUGUGUGUGUGUGUGUGUGUGUGUGUGUGUGUGUGUGUGUGUGUUGUUUUUCUGGACCUCACUGUGUAGAUAAUCACAAAUAAAGAAAUCAAUAAGAAAUGCAUGAAACAAAGUGGAUGACUAUUAAAAAUAUUCAACUGCCAUAUCAAAAAGCAGCAUGCUACUUUAACAUGGAUACAAACUAAAACCAUUUUGUUUAAUCUGUAAGCUUACAACAGAGACUAUGAAAAUAUAUUUAUAUUUUUUGAAAUUUUGACAAAAAAAAAAAACUAUAUAUGAAAAGGGAAAUGUAUAGCUGCAUUGCUAUUAAGCCAAAACUUGUUCCUUUGCCUUUUUUUUUUUUUUUAUCAUUCAUGCAUUAUGGUUCAUUUCAAUUUAUUCUUGGUCUCGGUAAAUAUUCAAUCUCACCACAAUAUAGAGUCAGUACACAUAUUAAGCUUUCUCUACAAUCACUUAGAAUGACAACACUACUAUGUUUUGACUAAUGCUACUACAUGGUUCUUACCAAUUACUCUGGGCUGCACAGUGCAAACACAAAUAAGUAGUUUAGACACUUUUCUCUCCACAGUCUAAUCACUCUUAUUUCAUUUCCCUUAUCGGCUGCUGCUACUUACAAAAUCAUUAAAUGAUGAGAAAUAUCUUCCUUCCCAGCAACAGCUGUAGGGAAACAGAGAGCAGAUUGUUGUCAAAUGUAUGCAAAUGCAGACAGAGUUUAGAGCGUGUUAUAAUCAGAGUGUUUACAUCCUUAGAAGUUAACGAACCUAUGUACUAUUUAUGUGCCAUACAAAGAAGAUGAGUCACUGCACUCGCUGCAAACUUACAAAGAGCUAAUUUCUUUUAAUCAUCAUUUGUUUUCCUUUUGAUCCAAACGUAUGACGCAGUACUUGGAGCUGGCAAUAGAGGGCAUUAUUAAAGUCAAAGUUCGUCCUCUUAAUUAAAAGUAUUAAAAAGAGCUUUUUUUUUUCUUGUUGUUUCUGGUUAAGCCUUCGAGUCCCUGGCUGCCUGUCAGAUUAGCAAAUUAAUUGAGCUAAUGUGGGUUGUAAAUGUGCGAGAGAGAAGGAGGAGUACCACAAAUGUUUAACCAGACUACAUCUCUACCAAAGCAAUCAGAAUGAGUGACACACUCCCAUCCCUUCCCACCUCUGUCUUAAAGGACUUCUGUUUCAUGUGUCGUCACUCUUUUGACCUGAAGGGUCCUCUAUUCAUGAUCACAAAUAAUGUCGUUUUUCACUGUAUGCAUGUUGGGGAAUACAUAGGGGAGAUGGAAGCACCUCCAUUAAAUUGCCAACAACUCCUCCGGUUUCAAGAGAAAAAAAAAAAACAGUGUUUUCAGUAAUGUUCUGUUAUGAGUCAGUGAAGAAACGAUGUACAUGUGCAACAAUUUCAACUGAAAGCAAAAUGUGUUCCUUUUUGUUCAAUAUUGUUCUUGAUGACUAUGAUCUCCUCUUGUCACAGUCCUAUAUUGAUGGUAACAGCCUCUUAACUGGUGGCUAUUGUUUGUUAAAAAGCAAAUGUUCCAUGAUACAUGGUUGUGUAUCAUGUUGUGAUUGUGUUUUUCAUGUCAAUGGGUAGCCAAGUGGCACUGGCAAACAGUAUUUACUGAGGAGGAUAUUUUGUACUUGUGCAUUUGUUUGUAUUAUGAAUGGAUCUCAAGAAUAUUGCUGAUCUCUAUCCCUCAAAAUUCAGACGUGAACACACAUUAGCGUGAACACAUAGGAAGCAAUUCGCCUUGAUCAUGCAGAAAUCAAUACCAAUAACAUAUGGACCGCAACGUGUACACUCAAAACCUUAAAAAUUACAAGUUGAUGUUCUGCAUUGAUAGUUAUUUCCGCCUACUUCCCGUCAGCCAUUCCUGAGGCUAAAAGGUCUACUGGACCUUUUAACUUUCACCAAGAUCACUUCCUAAAUUCCUGAAGUGGUGACAGUUCAAGAUUUAAUUCAACAAGGUGUCUUAACAUGUCAAAAAAAAUCUAUGCUGUACCGUCAAUGAGGUUUGUGUUCAGUGCAGUUAUUUAAGUGGCAGAGCAAGAAAAUAAAUGAUUAAAAAAAUAUACCAAAAGAAAAUGAUAAAAAAAAAACUUGGACUUCUACUUACAGGGUGUUUUGUUAUUACGUUUUUUUUGGUUUGUAUGUUUUCGGUUUUUCUAUUGGAUGUACAGUUUAAUCAUGGGAGAAAGAUGAAACAAAAAAAAAUGACAAAAAAAGAUGAAGACAUACUUGGGAUAUUUUUCUCUGUAUAUGUUGUACCUGUUUCUGCUGGUACUGUAUCUGGUAUUCUGGCUCUGUCUCAAUCACUGGAACUCUGUAGUUCUUCACACUGUAGUAUCCUGAAAAAGCAUUUUUCUGGUUUCUCUCUGAUGGCAGCAAAGUUUGUCUUAUAUAAAUGGAUUCUCUCACUUUCUGUUCUUAUAUAUAUUAUACCAGUGUAAUAGAAUUUACUUGAAAAAAGAACUGAAAAUAUGUUGAUGCAAAACUGAAAUAAACAUUGAUUGAUGUACAACA